AUGAACAACAAUCAAGCAAACUUCAUUUCUGAUAGCGAUGUCUAUAAGCUAUCUUCUGUGUACAUGGCUGAAUGCUUUGACAUUAUGAAGGUGGUCGAUGGCUGCAAGAAGAAGACAUAUAGUGUUAGAGAUGAGUAUAGGGUCAGCAGUCAUGCAGCCAGGAUCAUGUUAGAUAAUAUAGAAAGCAAGGCUAUUCAAUAUCUGCAAUUAGAUCUAAUACUGUGGAUCCCAUCCACAAUCUGGUUUGAGCUCAACAGGUGA